AUGCCAGGACCAGUCUGGUUCUUUGGGGGCUCUCCUGUCCCCAGUGUGGACAAGAUCCAGAACGGAGCUGGAGCUCAGACAGCCGAGUUCAGCAACAAACUUCAACCCUGUAUUCACCAAGUUCUGUCUCCAGAGGUGCAACACAGAAGUUACCUCUGUCUCCGUUUCCAGUGUCUCCUUCUGUUGACUGAAAUUAGCCCACUGAAGCCCACCAGCCACUCCCUGCAGGAAAGUGUGUGUGUGUGUGUGUGUGUGUCAGGUGAAUAUCCCUCACCUCCUCCUCCUCCUCCUCCGGCUGUGUCUCAGGUUGUUGACUCCCUGGACGUGUCCACUCACGGCACCAGAGUGGGUCUGGUCCAGUACUCCAGCCGGGUCAGGACAGAGUUUCCUCUCAACAUGUACCACUCUGCUGAUGAGAUCAAAGCUGCAGUCAUGAAGGUUGAGUACAUGGAGAAAGGUACGAUGACGGGUCUGGCCCUGAAACACAUGCUGGAGAACAGUUUCUCCGAGGCCGAGGGCGCUCGUCCCGCCAGCCGCAACAUCCCCCGCAUCGGACUGGUCUUCACAGACGGACGCUCCCAGGACGACAUCACUGAGUUCGCCAAGAUGCCCAAAGAAGCCGGCAUCACCAUGUACGCUGUGGGCGUGGGAAAAGCUGUAGAGGACGAGCUUCGUGAAAUCGCGUCCGAACCCGUGGAGAAACAUUUCUAUUACACCACCGACUUCACGGCCAUCAGCACCAUCGCUGAGAACCUCAAGCUGAACGUCUGUCCAGAGGAGAGUCAGGGGGAGAUCGAGGUGAAGGACCCGUGUGCCUGUGAGAGUCUGGUGGAGUUCCAGCAGGCGACCAUGAGCAGCCUGGAGCAGCUCACACAGAAACUGGCUGGGAUGACUGCUCGUCUGGAGCAGCUGGAGAACCAGCUUCUCACCAGGAAGUGACCAGGACGCCACAAAGGAAGAAGGACAGAGUGAGGAAGAGGAGGAAGAGGAGGGCACAUCCUGGAGAGAUCAUUUAGAGCAGGAAUCAGAAAUCCCUUCUGAUCAAUGGACCAUCCAGUCUUUUCACGAAGCCUUGGGGGCCUUCAGUAGAUCUGCUGAUCUGCACGUUGAUGAGGACGACAUUUAUCUGACAGCUUGUGAUUAGGAUUCACUUUUCUGGUAUAGAUGUAAAAAAUAAAUCAUUUGUACACUUAUUGCCUUUAAAAGACAACAGCGACAACAAUCUACGAUUCAAAAUAAACGUUUGUAUAAAAUAGAUGAAUAUUAGCAACACUAUGCAACUUUUAUUGACCAACAGCGCCCCCUGCAGCCACAUGUGGUGAUGACUCUGUUUGGCUCUGUGUUCGAGCGAUGACACGUGUCCCACUCACUGAACUGAAAUAUUACCCAUGAUCCUCUGCUUCCUGACCCUGAAGAGCUGCAGCUGUAACAAAUCCACCAAACUGUUCAGAACUCUUCAUGUUUUAACAGUUUCCUGCUGAAUA